CCCGGAGACCCCCAAACCCCGCCGAGCCCCCGCCGUGUCCCCCAGCGCUCCUGACAUCUCCCCCCGCAGAGACACCCCUGUCCUCCUCCACCGCGGCCGCCAAUAUGCCCCCCGCCCCCCGCCCCCUCUCGCCUCCCGGGGACCCCCAUCCCCGCACCUUGGAACCCUCAUCAGCCCCCCCGAGGACUCCCACCGCCCUUCCUCCGGCUCCCUGUUCCCCCCACUCGGUACGCGCGGUUCCCCGCUCAGGACCCCCAGCACCUCCCCGGGGACCGCCGCUGGCCCGGGACUCGCCGGCGUUUCGAGAAGAAGCGCCAGAGCCCGCUUGGGACGCCCCCGCCGGCCCCCCCGGCGUCCCCGCGCUGCCCGUCACUGCUGCGAUGAGCCGCCCGGUCUCGGCGGGCUCGGGAGGGGAUGCCCACACCUGGGAGAUUGAGGAGGGGGUCUUCCCUCACCGCCCCCUCUCCCCCUUCGCAGCCGCCUCCCUUUUCCGCCUCCUUCUGCCGGGGGGCCCCGGCGGAGCCCCCCGAGCCCGGCCGGGCGGGACGGCGGCUCUGGGCGCGCUGCUGCGCUGCUUCCCCUGCGAGCGGCUGUGCGGGGGCUGCGCGGUGCCCCCCGGGGCGCUGCCCCCGGCCAUGCCGCCCCCGGCCCGCCGCCGCCUGCCCCCGCGCACCUUCCGCAGCUACCUGCCGCGCUCCCACCGUACCUACAGCUGCGUCCACUGCCGGGCGCACCUGGCCCGCCACGAGGAGCUCAUCUCCAAGUCCUUCCAGGGCAGCCACGGCCGUGCCUACCUGUUCAACUCCGUGGUGAACGUGGGCUGCGGCCCGGCUGAGCAGCGGCUGCUGCUGACGGGGCUGCACUCGGUGGCCGACAUCUUCUGCCAGAGCUGCAAGACCACCCUGGGCUGGAAAUACGAACAGGCGUUCGAGAGCAGCCAGAAGUACAAGGAGGGGAAGUUCAUCAUCGAGAUGUCGCACAUGGUGAAGGAGAACGGCUGGGACUGACGCGGGGGCGCAGCUGGGACUGGGGGGCACGUGGGGGGCGCAGCUGGGGGGCUGGCGCUGGGUGACCCCCUCCUUGGCACCUUCCCAGUGCCCCCCGGCGGCCCCUGGGUCGCACCAGCCGCGGGGGCUGCGGGGCUUUUCUAGGGCAAUAAAGGCUUUUUUUUUUUAGGAA